AUGGCUCCGACGUAUGCCUCUAGACUUCCAACUUCGCGAAUACCAGUACUAGGUUUUCUAUCUUUGUUCUCUAUCUUAAUCAUAGGAACCUUAUUCGCAACCAAAUUUGGCGCUGUACCACGGCAGCACAGUUUCGGGUUUCGACAUGCGAAAAGCGUACAGGCGGCUAGCACGAAUACUCGAUGGGAAUCCAAGGCCAGGACGAAUGCAAAGGGGGAUAAGUAUCUGAUUGGAGUUGGGAAGGCUGAUAUAACCGGACCUGUGGUAGAAAUCAACUUCGCCGGAUACGCCGACCUCUCCCAGACCGGCACGGGUCUUCGCCAGCGCAUUUAUUCGCGGGCGUUCAUAAUCGGAGAUGUCGAUAACCCGAAUGAUCGAUUUGUAUAUCUGGUCCUCGACACGCAGUCUGGCGAUACAGCUGUGCGUUUCGGCAUCCUAGAUGGUAUUGCGGCGCUUGGCGACGACUAUGCCGUGUACGGUAGCGGUAACGUCGCGGUGACCGGGACGCAUGCCCAUUCCGGACCUGGAGCUUGGUUUAAUUACCUACUUCCACAGGUAACUAGUUUAGGAUUCGAUAAGCAGAGCUAUCAAGCCAUCGUUGAUGGAGCUGUCUUGUCGAUCAAAAGAGCUCACGAGUCUUUGGCCGAGGGUUACCUCGACUUCGGGGCGGUAAAUAUUACAGAUGGCAACCUUAGUCGGAGUCUAUACGCCUACUUGGCCAACCCUGCUGAAGAACGAGCCCAGUACGACGAUGAUGUCGAUAAAGAGAUGACCGUUCUCAAGUUUCAGCGUGCGUCUGACGGCAAAAACAUCGGUAUUCUAACUUGGUAUCCUGUCCACGGGACGUCGAUCUACCAGAAUAGCACACAUGUGGCCGGCGAUAACAAAGGAGUAGCGGAGGUCAUGUUCGAGAAAGCCAUGGAGGGUGAAGACUCAGCAGCUAGCGGAUUUGUCGCCGGCUUCUCCCAAGCAAAUGUCGGGGACACGACCCCUAACACGCUUGGCGCAUGGUGUGAUGAUGGAUCCGGCCAGCAAUGCAGCUUGGAGAAUAGUACGUGCGCAGACGGUAAAUCCCAGCACUGUCACGGGCGAGGACCCCUAUUUGACAAGCUCGAUUUUGGGAUUGCGAGUUGCUACGAGAUAGGAAAACGCCAGUACGACGGUGCUAGGUCGGUCUAUGACUUGUUCGGCACAUCCGGAACCCCUGUUGUAGGUUCAACAGUCAAGGCUUUUCACUUCUACCACGACAUGAGCUUUUGGAAAUUCCAGCUCGAGAAUGGCACCGAGGUCCAGACGUGUCCGGCUGCGCUGGGUUAUUCCUUCGCAGCUGGAACCUCGGACGGCCCUGGCGCUUUUGACUUUACACAGGGCGAUUCGGGCGAGCCGAGUGCCAGUCCCGUCUGGGAAGUAAUCAAGAGCUUGCUCCGGGCGCCAUCGCCCCAGCAGAAAGCGUGUCAGAGCCCCAAGCCUGUCCUCCUCGACGUAGGGGAGUUAUCCCAACCAUACCAGUGGAGUCCCAAUAUCAUCGACGUUCAACUGUUAAGAGUCGGACAAUUUGUUAUAAUCGUUAGCCCUAGUGAAGCGACCACUAUGGCCGGACGCAGAUGGCGCGCCGCGGUUAAGGCUGCUUCCACCGAUAUCGUCGAUACCGAGCCGAAGGUAGUUCUAGGCGGACCAGCGAAUACUUACGCACACUACCUGACCACACCGGAGGAGUACGGUAUCCAGCGUUAUGAAGGCGCGAGCACGCUGUUCGGCCAGUGGGAACUUGCCGCAUAUAUCAAUCUCACCGUCAGUAACAUCAAGUACCUGGCCCCUGACUCGUCAAGCUCGCCAGACCCAGGCCCAAAGCCGCCGGAUAACCGCAAGAGCAGCCUCAGUUUCAUAACGGGAGUCGUGCAGGACAACGCGCCACUGGGCAAGUCAUUCGGCGACGUGAUCUCGCAGCCCGCCGAGAAAUAUGCGCGCGGCGCCGUCGUCAACGCCACAUUCGUCGGCGCUAACCCGCGUAACAACUUGAGACUUGACGGUACGUUUACGGCUAUAGAGAAGCAAGAUGGAGACUCUUGGACACAGGUUAGGGACGACUCGGAUUGGUCGUUGGUAUAUACAUGGAAACGAACUGAUGCUGUUCUGGGAUAUAGCGAGGUUACUGUUAGCUGGGAGACAGAGUCGGAUGCCGAAGCAGGAACGUAUAGGAUGAAGUAUUAUGGAGAUAGGAAAGCUUUGAUCGGAGGAGCUAUUACGGCUUUUGAUGGGACAAGCAAUAGUUUUACACUUACGUGA